AAUUCAUCUCUCUUCUAAUACAUAUACCACCACCGCCUUCGUUAUCGUCAUCGUCAGCUCGGUCUAAUUUCAAUGGAGAAUUAUCCCAUAGUUUUUUUGGACGGAUCAUCGGUUUCGCCAUCGUCGAUAACCAUGGCGAACCCUCCUCGUCCGAGUUACUCGGAAGCCGACGGCAAGGAGCACGUGAAAGGUGGGGGGAAGAAAGGUGACAAGAAGGAGGGGAUGAAGAAGCACAAGUACGCAUUUCAAACAAGGAGUCAAGUUGAUAUUCUUGAUGAUGGGUAUCGUUGGAGGAAAUAUGGGCAGAAAACUGUUAAAAACAGCAAAUUCCCUAGAAGUUAUUAUAGGUGCACGCACAAGGAGUGCAAUGUGAAGAAACAAGUGCAACGAAGCUCAAAAGAUGAUGAAAUUGUGGUGACUACCUACGAAGGGAUACACACCCACCCGGUAGAGAAGUUCAUUGAGACCUUCCAAAACAUUCUCCAACACAUCCAAACCUACAAUCCCUAUUGAAAUCUUCUUCUCCUUUCCUCGAUCUGUAAUAAGACUCGUAGAUAU